GGAAGUAUGGCAGGUUACGGUUGUCUAUCGACUAAAGGUUAAAGGAUAUUUUUUGAAUUAGUCCAGUCCGGCCUGGGCAAAACCUGCUUCACAUUUCAAAAAAUCAACACGUGUUUUUAUUAUUUACAUUUCCAUAAUGUUUUACUUAAUCGGGAUCGGCCUCGGCGAUGCUAAAGACAUCACGGUAAAGGGGCUCGAAAUUGUCAGAAAGGCAGAGAAAGUCUUUUUGGAAUCGUACACAUCUGUGCUAUCAGUUGGAAAGCAUGUUCUAGAGGAAUUCUAUGGACGGGAGUUAGUAAUAGCUGACAGAGAUCUAGUUGAACUAGGCUCUGAUGAAAUUUUGAGUUCAGCCCUUGAAAAAGAUGUAGCAAUGCUUGUUGUUGGUGAUCCAUUUGGUGCUACAACUCAUGUUGACCUUUUAGUACGGGCCAAACAGUUGGGUAUACCAACAAAAGUGGUUCACAAUGCUUCAAUUAUGAAUUCUAUCGGAUGCUGUGGCUUGCAGCUUUAUACUUUUGGGGAAACAGUAUCGAUCCCAUUCUGGACUGAGACGUGGAAGCCAGACAGCUUCUUUGAAAAAAUAUGUAACAAUAAACAAAGGGGUCUGCAUACGCUGUGUCUGCUCGAUAUUAAGGUGAAAGAGCCUACAUGGGAAAGCAUGACAAAAAAGAAGAAGGAAUACCUGCCGCCGCACUUCAUGACGGUUGCUCAAGCAGCACAGCAAUUAGUUGAAAUAAUAAAGAUAAAAAAUUGUCCAGAAUUGUCUGUUACAGUGGAUACCUUAUGUAUCGGUGUUGCACGUGUUGGGUCAGAUGACCAAAUCUUCAAAAUGUGCACUCUGCAAGAGAUGACCCAAGUCGAUUUAGGCCCUCCUCUUCAUUCCUUGGUAAUUGUUGGAACCAUGCAUCAAAUAGAGAAGGAAUACAUCGAAAAUUUUGCAGAAUGUGGGGGUGCGAUUAAAUAGCAUUCUUUUUCCAUUUCAAUGCAAUGAUAUAUUAUACAAAAUAAAUAAUACUAACUGAAAACA